AUGGAACACCUGGCGCCCGAGGGGUACACGGUGGUCAGGCGGCUGGGGAGCGGCACCCACGGGUGUGUGACCCUGUGCGAGUGCCUCGCCACGAGGAAGCUGGUGGCUGUCAAGUCGCUGCCCCUGCGCGAUCCCGACGGCGCCCUGUCCACCGAGGUGCUGCGCGAGGCAUCCGUCCAUAAGGAGUUGCGCCACCCCAACGUGGUGUGCCUGCUGAGCUACACGGCCGAGCGCGACCGAAUGUUCCUCAUCCUGGAGGCAAUGGACUCGGACCUGGCGAUCCACUGCAGGGGCGUGCGGGAGGGCAGGGGUUUCGACCCCAUGGGGACCAAGAUUUUGAUGUACCAGCUGCUCAGGGGUGUGGGUUAUCUGCAUGAGAAGGGGAUCGUGCAUAGGGAUCUGACACCCAGAAAUGUGCUCCUGAAGUACAGUGCACACCGCAUGCAGCUGAAGCUUGCAGAUUAUGGGCUGUCUCGGUCAGUUGCCCUCCCGUGCAGAGUACUGACUCCACAGGUGGUCACCCUGUGGUACCGAGCACCAGAGGUUCUGCUGGGCUCCACAACAUACAGCGAAAAGGUGGACAUAUGGUCUGUAGGCUGCAUUUUUGCGGAGAUGGCCACUGGUCGCCCGAUCUUCCCUGGGACAUCGGAGAUUGAGCAGUUGCAACUGAUCUUCCGUGAGCUGGGGACCCCACCAAACCUCAACGCAACAUUUGGACUGGGGCGUGCCGCUCCAGAAUUUCCGCGUUUCCAGGCGCAGAGGCGCUUUCCAGCCCAGAAUUUGAACGCGCCUGGGGUGGACCUCUUGUGGAGGCUCUUGUGCCUCGCCCCAAAGGACAGGGUGUCCUGUGGGGAGGCUUUGAGGCACCCUUACUUUGCGGGUUUGAGCCCGUGCCAGAGGAAUGGGUGGAGAUGA